AUUUUCAAAUUUCAAUCUACACUAACCGCAGGCAGAGUAUAGAAAGGAAAGAGGAAAUCCAAACAUGCUGAAGGGAUUGCAAGGGCAGAACCUGGCGGCCGACGUCUCACAGCUGAUGGAACAGUUGGAUCGACACUGUUUGGCUCCCGAUGGCUCUUUCCUAUCCAAAUCCGCCUAUGACGAUCUCCAACUCGCGAGGGAUGAAAUGUCGAGAGAGAGACUGCGUUAUUUGGAGGCCAUGGCAAUAUAUGGUGAGACAAUGGCUAUGGUGGAAGAGUAUCAACAGGCAAUUUCAGUCGCCAACCUUGGAGGAAUGCGUGACAUUCUGGCUUUGUACCCGCAGCUUGGCUUGAAGAGCUCCCCCCAGGUUUACGAGGUUUUAGAGCGCAGGCUUGUUGUUGCUGAGGCAGCUCAGAGAUUGAGACUUCCUCUUCUUUCGAAAGAUGGAGAAAUUCAGGAAGAAGAAAUUGAGAAAUGGAGUAUAAUGUCAAGGAGCUCUCUUGAUAGUACUAGUACCAGUGUCACAAUCAGUUCAAGCUCUAAUUCAACAAGUUAUAUUAAUGGUUUGGUGAAUAGCACCGCAGGUGCAUCUAACAAUGCUGUUUCUUUUGGUAGUACUGAUAUAGUAGAUCCUGGAAUUGGUGGAGUGCCAAAUCGUUUUCUUGGAGUUACACCAGGUUACUUAUGGCAAACUCAGCUCCAGCAAACACCAUAUCAUGUGGACAUGGCUGAAUAUCAAAUGUCACUUUCCCGUGAAGUUGAGGUUCGUCUGAAAGCUAAAUGUGAUAAGUUAGCUGAGGCUUUUGUAAUGGAUGACAUUGACACUUCAUCCAGUGCGCGGCUUCCGGAGAGGGUAAAAUUAAUCGCUGAGGAGAUUGAAAGGGAAGAGGCUGCUCUGCGGGAGGACCUCUAUUCAGCAGAUAGGAAGUUUGCAGAAUACUAUAAUGUCCUAGAGCAGAUAUUUGGGGUGCUUACUAAGCUUGUUAAGGAUUUGAAGCUGCAACACCAACAUCAAUAUGAUGAAUUAAGAAAAACUUGGUUAUGCAAAAGGUGUGAGACAAUGAAUUUGAAAUUGAGGGUUUUGGAACAUCUUCUCCUGCGCGACACUUACACCCAAGAAUCAAUACCAGCUCUCCUUAAGAUUAAGAAGUAUCUGAAAGAGGCCACGGAUGAAGCUUCCAUUGCUUACAAUAAAGCGGUUACACGUCUUCGCGAAUAUCAAGGAGUUGAUCCUCACUUUGAUACAAUUGCUAGGCAGUACCAUGAUAUUGUGAAGAAAUUGGAGGGUAUGCAAUGGACGAUUCAUCAAGUCGAAAUGGACCUGAAACGGUCACUGGAGGACCCAAGCACAUGAAUAAUUUGCAGCUUCUGUUUAUUUGUUGAUGGAAAAUGUAUGGAAAUCCAUCCAUCUCCAUGAGUUGGAGGCCGUUGAAAGAGGGCAUGAAAGAAGCUAGUGGAUGGACGAAUAAAGUAUUUGAAUCUUAAUUCUAUCUGAUUCACUGCUGAAUGUUGAAUUGCCAUAUUACUUGGCUGUGAAAACCUUUAUUUUGCUAUCAGAGGAUUUAGUGAAGUGAGGCACAUUGGAUCCAAUUUGUAAAUGUACU